UGCAAGCUGCAUUUCCCUGCCCGCCAGCUGGUGAUCGUUUCCUGGCCAUGUGAGCCAGGGCAGCGGCGGCAAGCAGGCGCUGGUUUGUUCGGUGACCAGCGGAGUGAGGGAGACCAUUGAGGGUUGCCGCACCCGAAAAGGAAAUGUUGGAAGGCAGAAAAAACAACUCAUUAUUGGUCGCCUAUUCAUUCUUUUGGUAGAUAAAAAGAAAACGUAUCCUCAAAGACAUGAUGAUAAAAUGAGCUCCAUCAGUAAACACUUCAUAUCUGGGGAGGAUAAUGGUGCUUUAGGACAGCAUGAACAAACAGAAUGGCAGAUCCUAAACGGCCUUCUUCAGCGCCAUGGAUUCAAACCAAUCCAGCUCAUGGCUCCACUGAAGAGCAAAAACCAAAAUGAUGCAAUCCUUCUAGAUAAAGAGUCAGCUGUGGAAAUCAGAGAGGUAGUGAAGAGUCUUAUAAAAGACACUGAGCGACGUCAGGCAUUAAUCUGGGAUCUUGUCCAAUCUAAUAAGAAAUUGAAAAAGGACGAAUGUCAGCAGCAGAGCAGAACGUCUGUGGAAAAACUCUGCAUGUCAGACUUGAAGCAAGUCCAUGACACUGUUAAGUCAGAGAGUCCGGAGGUACAAGAUGACUACUUUGUGCAGUGUUGUCAACACCAAAAUCAACUUGAGCAACUGAAGCAUGAUAAUCAAGAUAUACAGGUAUAUUGUGAUGAAUUGGAGCAUAAAUUGUAUGAGCAAGAGAAGACCAUUGUGCAAUUGCAGAAAAGGUUGUACAUGGUUGUGACUGAAGAAGAAAAAUGCAUUGAAAGAUGCAAGUUACUUGAGCAAACCACCAGAACGCAUACCAGGCCCAACAAACAAUGGUUCGAAGCAGUCGAUGCCCACAAAACUCAAACUAGUUGCUUACCACAGGAGUUGAGUGCUCACAAAAAGAUUGAAAAUGUUCCCAGUGCCCAAAAAGGUGAAUACAUAAACAUCCGAAAAUACUUAAUUCCACAUGAAAUUCCAGAGGAUGACAAAUGGGAAAUGGCCUGUGACGAACAUUUAUUGGAAACAAACUUUAAAAAUCAUCAUACUUUGCAGAACAAUCAAAAUCAUAAACAAGCAUUGAAAAACAGCAGUGGCUGCUGUGUGAACAAAAAGCUCAACGGUGCUAAAGUAGAAGACAUAGACUGUUUGCCAGAAGCCACCUGUAAAGAACUCUUAGAGAACACCUGCAAAGAAAUGGGAAUUGUUUAUGUAAACGAUCUUCUUCCAACACUCAGUGAAGGAUAUGGAUUAGCGGCAACUCAUUCCAUUUUACAGAAGGGAUGUAAAAGUGCUUCACCUCUCUCUCUGGAGGCUAUCGUGUCUCACUUCCAGAAACUUUUUGAUGUGAGUUCUCUAAGUGGUGUCUAUCCACGAAUGAACGAGGUGUACUCUAAACUUGGUGAACUGAACAAUGCCAUGAGAAAUCUUAGAGAAAUUUUGGGAUUUGAUGAAUCUACUUCUGUUAAUAUGGUAGUGAAUACAGUUGGCAAACGUUGUAGCUCUAUUACCACUGAAACCUGUAGCCAAGUGCAUCAACUCCUGGGUACUGAGGACAUAGACAGUAUAAUCAAUAUAGUGGAAGAACAUGCAGAAUUCUUUCCAGCAUUCUACACACUUUUUCAGGAUUUACUACAGAUAUUGGAGGUAGACAGUAUAGAUCAUGUGUUACCAGCGGUCCAUGCUAUAAAGCUACAAGCUAGAAAACAAAUUUAAAUUUAAGAAUUUCUAUUUGUGUUUUUUUUAAAUAAUCCUAUUUGUAAUCUGUAGAAAUUUCUACUUUUGAAUGUUUUCAUUAAACGUUUUAACUAAUA